AAUGGGCUCUUUCGUCUCGCUCUCGAGCUCGCCGCCGGACUCGACAGCAGCAGCGGAGCUCGGAGGAAUGGCUACCGCCACGGCCAAGGUCGUGGAUCUGGACGGCGCCAUGGUGCAGUUCCCGGUGCCUGUCACGGCACGCGAGGCGCUGGCGGACGACGGAAACGGGGAUCGGACCCGUUGACAUCCCUAGCCGUGCUUCCUCUGCAGCUCCGACGAGCUCUGCUUCGACUCGCCCCCGCGCGCGUUGGCCGCGCAGGAGGCGCUCCAGCCCGGGCAACUCUACUUCGUUCUGCCCGCGUCCAUGCUCCGCCGGCCACUGUCCGGCCAGGACAUGGCCGCGCUCGCCGUCAAGGCAAGCACAGCGCUUGCCGUCGCCGCUGGCCUUACCACCUCUGGCGAAGAGUCGUCGCGGAGCAAGAAUCGGGACGCCGGCGUGGCCGUCAAGGGGCGGCAGACGGCCCGAGUGGCCCCGCUACCUGUAGCCGCGAGCAUUAAGGAGAGCCAACCCGUGGGUGUCUCCCGGAAUCACCACGCGUACAGCGCAUACGGCACACACAAGAUCACCGUGAACGACGGUGAUCGGACGGUGGGGAAGACGAGACAUGGAGCUGGCGUGCCGAGAGACAAAGAAGAGAAGAAAACAGAAGAAAAACCCAAGUAG